AAACCAAAAAACCAUCGAUAAUAAUAACUCAUUCAGUGAAGAAGAAAAAGAAGAAGAAGCAUUUGCUAUGUUCUUCUUUGAAUAUUCAUUCUCAUGGCUUGCUUAAAGAAACCAUUACUCACAUCAUCGGAACUUCAAAGAACUCUUCAACACCCUCUGUUACGUCCAAGAACCCACAUUUUAACAGUCCCUUUUUUCCUUCUCUCUCUCUUUCUUCUCUCAGCUUCAUACACUACCAACUCAACCAACACUACCACCACACUUACUUCUUCUAAUUCCCACAUUACCCUUUCAUCACAAUCACAAAGAAACACAUUCUCUACCGUUACAGCAGCCGAAAGAACACGCGAAAAUUCAACCAACAACUCCUGUGAUAUCUUCGAUGGUUCUUGGAUUCAAGACGAUUCUUUGGAACCGAUUUACCAACACGGAUCGUGUCCGUUUCUCGACGACGCUUUUAACUGCUUCAAAAACAGACGUUCCGAUUUCGAGUUUCUUAAAUAUCGUUGGAAGCCACAUGGAUGUGAAAUUCCAAGGUUUGAUGGGUUGAAAAUGUUGAACAUGUUAAGAGGUAAAAGAGUGGUUUUUGUUGGAGACUCAUUGAACAGAAACAUGUGGCAGUCACUAGUUUGUGCUUUGAGAUCAUCUCUCAAAGAUAAGAGCAAAAGCAGAAUCUACCAAGUUUCCGGUCGCCGUGAAUUCAGGAUUCAAGGUUUCUUUUCUUUCAAAUUCAAAGAUUAUGGAUGCUCUAUAGACUUUGUGAAAUCACCAUUCCUCGUUCAGGAAUGGAAGGUCUUACGUAAAGACGGAGCAUCAGUUUCUCUUCAAAGAGAAACUCUGAGACUCGACAUGAUUCAAGCUUCUAAGUCUUUAUAUCAUAAUGCUGAUAUAAUCAUUUUCAACACAGGACAUUGGUGGAAUCAUGAUAAAACAAAAAAUGGUAGAAACUACUUUCAAGAAGGUAAUCAUGUAUAUGAAAAAUUACAAGUUUCUGAAGCACUAAGAAAAGCACUUAAAACAUGGGCUAAGUGGGUUGAUUCAAAAGUUGAUAGCAGAAAAACAAGAGUUUUUUUCACUGGCUUUUCAGCUUCUCAUUACAAAGGUGGACAGUGGAACUCUGGAGGUAAAUGUGAUGGAGAAAGACAACCUAUUACAAAUGAAAGCUAUCUAGGAGCAUAUCCAUGGACAAUGGGGAUUGUUGAAGAGGUUAUAGCAGAGAUGAAGACACCAGUGUUUUAUCUGAAUAUUACAAAAAUGACUGAUUAUAGAAAAGAUGGACAUCCUUCAAUAUAUAGAGAAGCAGGUUUCAAUGACAAUAGAGGUCAUAAAAUGGUUCAGGAUUGUAGUCAUUGGUGUCUUCCUGGAAUUCCAGACUCUUGGAAUCAACUUCUCUAUGCUACUCUACUAAUGGCACAGACACAUUUUCUCACUUCUACAAAUUAAUAGUAUUAUCAUAUCAUCCUAGCUAUUUGUUCCCCAACACUUUCACAAUUUGCAAUACUUUUUUUUUUAAAUUGUACC